UCAAAGUUGUUGUGCACCUCUACAUUUAUUUGCAGAGUGAUUUACGAUUUUCGACCCUUUCUUUUCUGUAUCCCACAUGGUUUUUUUUUGGCACAAUCUCACCCCACACACUGCACCACCACAUCACUACACCACUCUUCAGACGACAUCCAGCACUACACGGCGGACGACUGCCAGGUGACGCCGGUGAUCCACGUGCUGCAGUACCCGGGCUGCGUCCCGAAGCCGAUUCCGUCGUUUGCGUGCGUUGGCCGCUGCGCCAGCUACAUCCAGGUGUCCGGCAGCAAGAUCUGGCAGAUGGAGCGGUCCUGCAUGUGCUGCCAGGAGUCGGGCGAGCGCGAGGCGUCCGUGUCGCUCUUCUGCCCCAAGGCCAAAAAUGGCGAGAAGAAGUUCAAAAAAGUAUGGCGCAUUUUGGCCCCGCGAGGACUGGGAGAGCUUUUUGUUGGUGUUUUUUGGUGUUGUUAUGGUGCAUGUUUGAACGAUGCUUAAUUUGCUUUCAUUUUAAAUUAUUUUAUUUUCAUAGCUUGCCUUUUAAAGUGACCCAAAACCAGUAAUUUAACUUAAAUUUGAUUUUAAACUUAUGAAAUAAGUUAAUUACAAAGCUUUCAAAACAUUUUCAUAUGAUUCUAUGAUAUUUGAAUGAUUUCACUAACUCAUCAAUGGAUAAAAUAUGUUGACCUCACUUUUAAAGUUUGUUUCAAUCGAAAAGUUUAAUUAUAACAAGACUUUACCUUUUAAAAUUUCUGGAUCAAGAAGACUUCGAAUUUGGCCAUUUUUAUAUUUUUAUUUAUUUAUUUGAAUCUUUUUUGCUUGCGAAAUUUCUUCACCGCGAAAGAGAGAGGAGGUGAAACAGGCAAAAGAAAAUCGCUCACGAACUUCUCAUAGCAAAUCAAUUGACUGGAGAUUUGGUAUGAGUUUUAUUGUUAGCAAAUCCAGCAAUUUCGUUUAGUUUACAAACAGUCAUUUCUCGACGUGUGACCUGCAAGUGUAGUAGUGAAAUCGGUAUUUUGCCAAAUAAUCCAGAUGAUGUUUUUUUGAGUUUCGUUUUACCCAGAGUCUCGGCCCGAAACUUCAAACACGAACAAAAGCAGCGAACCGAAGAUUGGCAAUGACGUUUUGGAAUUUUGACAGUUUGGAACGCAUGAA